AUGCAGGACUUAUGGGAUAAAACAAAGCUUUUGGCGCACGGUGGAUGGUCGCGAACUACGAAGCGGAUGCGACUGGCCGGUGGCUUGUUGAUAUUCAUAAUAGCAACCGCCUGGGUUUCACUGCCGACCAUACGGACGGCGGAAUAUCCAAAUAUUCCCAAAAUACACUUGGAUUACCCUGAGCCGGUAGUAUCGCCGUACAAUGCCAGCAAGGUCGCUUUGCUGGUCGAGAACCGACCCAACCCAAUUCUGGCGCCUUUGUUGCUGCAUUUCAUGUCGGUCGUGCCACCAGACUGGCGCUUCCGUUUCAUGGGGUCGACCGAAUCUGUGGCAUUUGUCAAUAAAUCAGUAGCCAUUCGAGAACAGGUCGAUAACGGCAAGCUUGACUUGACGUACAUACCUUCCAACAUGAGCACCAUAGGCCAGGAAAUGAUCAGUCGUUUCCUCACAACACUUUGGCUCUACGAAGUCGUGCUGCAACCAGCCGAAUGGCUCCUAGUAUUCCAGACCGAUAGCAUCCUCUGUGCCAAUAGCCGCCAGAACAUUAACGAUUAUCUGGACUAUGACUGGAUUGGUGCACCUUGGAACGUUGGCGGCCGGUAUGGAGGAAAUGGUGGCCUGUCCCUGCGCCGCGUAAGCGCCAUAAUCGAGAUCCUGCGAGAUCAGAUACGAGUCGACGGGUCAGAACCCGAAGAUGUAUGGCUAGCAGAACGAUUGGCACAUCGACACGGUGCAAGAAUGGCCAAUGGUUCCACGUCCCUGACCUUCAGCGGAGAGAUGCAUUCUGGUAAGGCCACGAAGAUCGAUCACGCUUCAGAGGUGAAUGACACCGCACUCGAAGCCGCCAAGCACGGCGAUUAUGUCGAAGGCAUCGACGACUGGCGACAAGGCUUCUAUGAACCGAUGGGAUACCAUACUGGAGGAAGCGGCAGUACACUCCACGGCGGCAUUUGGGGCACGCCAGAACAAAGAAAACAUAUCUGGAACUACUGUCCCGAGGUGAAGAUGACGCUUGCCAUGGAUGUGGCUAGGUUCGUACCGGGCAGCUGCCAUACAAAUUGGAAGAGAGACUCUGAAACCUGGGAGAGUUCCGGGUCCACAGGUGAGACAGGGGCUGUCGGUCUGGAUAACAGCGGUUACGGUCAUGGCACCGAGAUCAUUGACGGCGUCGAGUACCCUAUGCUACCUCCAAAUCUAGCGCCUUGGUGAAUUUGACCAUGUCUCCCAGCAGAUUUGUGCACUUGGCAAACAUGUUGCAUUUGGUGGUCAAUCAGUGUCGGGCCCAAAGAUAUAACCUGAAGACAAUGUUGUACGAAUAAUGCUCAUUGACGAGCGAUACCAUUGAGCGCAGGAAGGGAUAUCGGACAGGCGUUCAUGGAUGUGGCGUACGUUUUGACUUUACAGGUGGGGAAUGUCGUCGGGCAUUUACAUGUCUUGUCAGUUGCAUUUGCAGGAAAUCGGCGUUGUAUCUAAGGAUCAUGAAAAAUGGGCUACUUCAGACUUUGUCUGUCUGCAGAAGAAUGGUGAACAGAAUUGACAAAAGACAUCUAAGGAUCAAUG